AACAAGAAUACGGACCUCACUAAUAAUGCAGAUUAGGUGUAAAGUUUUGAGUUAGUGGAGCAUGAUUUGUUUGUGACGUUUAAGAAAAAUAAAGUAUUUAAAAAAUAGAUAUGUGAUCACAUUUUGCGUGUGCAUGUUUGUACCCAACACCUACGAAAGAUGAAAUAGCUGUAGUAAGUCCUGCUGCUGAUAAUGUCAUGAAAGCUGUCAUAUGAUGGAGAGGGUGCACAAACUACAUGAAGUGCGCCCAUCUCUCAGCCAGAUCACACACACAGAAUUCCAUCAUGGCCACAGCCGUCGAUAUCUACGAUGUUUUGUAGCAUGUUUCGUGUCCUUAUUCUUUCUGUUAAUGCUGUAUGUCCCAGCAUAUCAUCAGACUCGUACACGCGAUGACCAAAUGCACAUUGUAAACAUUCCGGGCUGGUCUCUAAAUACAAGCAGAGAUUUGAAGCUGUAUGUGCUGCCAGAGAAUUUGACAGCAAUUAUUCCUCAGCCAGAUAUAUGUAGUGAAAAGCUAUUCCUCCUCAUUGUUGUGUGCUCAGCUGUUGGUAACUUUGAAGCUCGAUCAGCAAUCAGGCAGACAUGGGCAUCUGCACCUGUUGUUACUGAAAAAGCUAGUGCUAUAAGAGUAGCAUUCCUACUGGGUGAAUCUGAAAACAAUACUCUGCAGGAACAAGUUGAGGAAGAGAGCAUUAAACACAGUGAUAUAAUCCAAGAAGGUUUUUUGGACACAUACAACAACUUGACUUUAAAAAGUGUCAUGUUACUGAAAUGGACUGUUACAAACUGCCCGUCUGUUCGUUACAUUAUGAAAACAGAUGAUGAUAUGUUCGUCAAUAUUGAAAGCCUUGUACGCUUGCUUCGUUCUAAAGGUUCAACUGGUUUGUUGAUUGGUGCUCUUAUUUGUGGUGCACAUCCAAUAUCGGAUUCGCAUAGUAAGUGGUAUGCUCCGAGAUAUAUGUAUCCUGGAAGAGUUUACCCAAAUUACCUGUCAGGCACAGGUUACGUAAUGUCAAAUGAUGUUAUGAAACGACUGUACAAAGCCGCUCUGCAGACGCCACUCUUCCAUUUGGAGGAUGUAUAUGUGACAGGACUGUGUUCCAAAGCAGCAGGCAUACGUCCACGUGAUCAUCCAGCUUUCACAUAUGCACGUCGUCGAAUUGAUCCUUGCUUGUUGCGUGAUCGUUCAGUUAUCACCAGCCAUCGCAUGGAUAGUGCUCAGCUUCUGAAGAUUUGGCCUCGCAUCCGGGAUCCAAAUCUUGAUUGCUCAAGUUUCACUGUAUCGCAGAAACCAAGUUCCAGACCCAACAAGAAAACAGCAAAAGUGAGGCGUCCAGUAAAUAAAUGUGUUUAAUUACCUGUAUAUGUGGACAUGAUUAGUCAGGAAAUGUCUUGGUUGUGAUACUGCUGAAUUGGUGUGAACAUGUGUGUUUAUUUUGUGUGUGUGCUAUCUUUCUUGUCAUGCUGCCAUUAGGAUUAUUUGUGAAAUUUCUCUUCAUGUUUCAGUGAUUUAUUUGAUUUUAAACAAAACAGAAAAUUGUUGGCUUAUAUGUUACAGAACACUUAAGUUUUUUUAAGUAUGAGAUUACAUAUUUUUUAUGCGAAAACCUAAGGUACUCGGUCAUAAGCUCUCCAGUACUGUAGGAAGCUGAUUGAGGGAUUUUGUCAGAUUUGUAAUUCAGUUUGCACAAAUAUUUUGGUCCCAGCAAAUGAUAGGGACAAAUAGUAUUAGUCCACUGUUUCUGUUGCAUUUUGGACACCAUUGCCUGAACUAGUCGUACAAAGUAUGAAAUAAUGGAUGCAUUGACGAUGUGUAACCAAGCAAACAUUUUAUAGUAUUUAUGCAUUCAUAUUUUUUUACAGGAAGACAUUGAGCAUUGCAGUGAAAUGAAAUGAAGUGAGACUGGUUGGAAUUAAAAUUUUGUGAAAGAAAGAAAUGAUCAAUUGAUGCUUCAGUCUGCCAUACACUCUGAGAGUAAUUUACCAAAUUAAAUUUCAUAUCAGAUUUACUAUUUAGCUAACAGUACCAUAUUAUUUGUUGUGGUUGUUUUAUAAAGAAAUCUUUUAUAUUUGACCUAAGCUCAAGCAACUGGCAAUCACAACAUAAAAAGUUAUUCUCUUACUAACAUUUGAUUUUGCAAUUAUUUAUUUAUUGCUAUUUUAGGCUUCUGUUGUUUUUUUUUUUCCUGCAUAUCAGUAAUUAAAAAAAAAGGUCAGAUAUUAAAAGUAAAGUGACAAAAAAUGAGAGUUUCGGAAGUCUUAAGAAAGAUAACAUGUGAAAAUUUUUGGAAUGUGGUACUGUAGAGCACCACUUUUAUUUUUAGAAAAAGGGUGUAUGGCAAAUUUGUGGGACUAUUGCUUUUUUCUUUCAUUGUACUCUGACAAUAUUGUUUGCUAAUUGUGUUCCAUAAAAAUAGAGUUGUGAAUAUACAAAUGCAACAGUAUUACUAUUCCGUUGUUCCUAAGUAUCAUAGUCAAUAAUUUUUAAAUUAACUGUGGCAGUUUGAACACAACUACGAGUGUUCCUUGUAUACAUUUUAAUGCAAAAAAAUCUCCUUCGUGUUGCAACUGCGAAGUUGAAUGAUUCUCUUUGUUAUUUUUCUGGUUUCUUUUUCAUGUACUGAUAUUUGCAAUUUCAUCUCUUACCUUUGUGAAUAUAACUCUGUGAAUCAGCUGCCUUGCAGAACUCAUAUAAUAAUAAUAAUAAUAAUAAUAAUAAUAAUAAUAAUAAUAAAAGUGUUGACCUUUUAGUGGUUGUGCAUUUAGGAAAAUCUUCAUAUUUCAAAAUUUACAUAAUUAUUUUGUUAUGCUCAUCGCUAAAAUUGUCAGCAGCUGUAUAUUACUGCUCGACAGUUUUCUUGGAAUUAUUUUUGCUAUAGUGUGUAUUUAGUGAAUUGUGGAGAACUUGGUAAUAAACAUAACAGAAAAUGUGUUGAUCUAGUACAUUAAAAAAGUUUAAUAUAUAAAUGAAUCCAAGAAUAAGAUCAUUUAUUCGGGUGUUACAAUACCUUACAUUCUGAUUUUUGACAUUCAGUGAUCAGGUGCUAAAUGUACACUAUUUCUGACAAUGAACCACCAGAUUUUGUAAAUACCCAUCUUGAGUGAGUGUCCAGUUAGCUUGUAAAUGUAUUGUACUCUUGCCAUUAUGUUGUUUAUCAAUUCAGUCAUAGUAAAAUGCUGUAUUUCAAGAGUUCUGAGUUUCUUUGAUUUAUGUUUAACUAAAAUGUUCAGUGGUUGCGUCAGUGGUAAUUUAUAUAGUCUUUAUAGUGAACCUGGAGUUUUGUUACCAAUAUUCUUACUACUGUCUAAAUUGCUUUUGUGUAUUAAUACUGUAAACUACCUAGAAGAUGUUAUUGAAUUUACUGUUAAGUUAUUGUAUCGGACUGGUGCUUGUGUGUGCUGGCGCACAUUGCCUUUUUUCCCCUCUGUUUUUUAAUAUGGUGAAAGACAUCAACUCUUAAUUGGGAGUGGGGCAGGGUACUGUUGUUUUUAUUGAGUCUAGUUUAUGUGUGUUUAAGAAGGAAAAGAUGUUUUAGCGGGCAUUUCAUCAUCAUAUUGCUUAUCCAAAUCAGUUACUUUUUU